AUGAAGUUCUCCCACAGCAUCCAGUUCAAUGCUGUGCCGGAUUGGUCGUCGCACUACAUCUCCUACUCCAAUCUCAAAAAGCUCAUCUACCAGCUUGAGAAGCAGAUUAAUCAGGCGAACGGAGGUGGUGGCAGCAAGCAGGAUGAUGCUGAGUCUUCACCCUUACUAACACAGUCUGGAGCCUGGGAUGAUCCGGACAAGACCUUCUCCCGGAAGCUGGAUGAUGAGUUGGAAAAGGUGUGCAGUUUCUACCAGCUGAAGGAGCUAGAGAUCUUUGGCGAGGUCGAUGCUCUGUUGAGAGAUCUGGAGGAGUUCCAGCAGGAGCAUGAAGCUGGUGAGCAGGAGGGUGAGGGGUAUGGUGUGCGAAGACAAAGUGUAUGGGCGAGAGCGAGGCAGCAGAGCAUCUUCAAGAGUUUCACGCAGCCUAAGCGAAGGAGGUCGAGCACACUGAACACAGGCAGGACUGCAGAUAGUCGUACCGCUGAGACUAGGGCACCUGAUGAGGACGAAAGUGAGGAAGAAGACGACGCGAACGAGGGCACUGCAUUGACGAAAAGCACCACAUCAGAUGGACGACCAGGCACGAGCGGCAAGGGUAGAGACAGGCGAGCAAGCGUAGCGGAGCACAUGAGCUCAAAUGACAUGAACUCGUCAGCUGAGAUCCGACGCCGACCCUCAACAGCAUUCAACGACUUUGGUGACGAUGCACUCCAAGCUCUUUACGACGAAGGCAUAACGUUGAAGAAACGCUUGGUAAAUCUAUACGUCAACGUCAACGAACUCCGCUCCUUCGUCCAGCUGAACGAGAAAGGCUUCACCAAAGUCCUUAAAAAAUACGACAAGGUACUCGAUCGAGAUCUAAAGAAGAAAUGGGUGAACGACAACGUGAAAACUGCAGCGCCAUUCCAGUCAAAUGCCUCAGAAGCGCUAGCAGACCAUGUCGCAAAACUGGAAGACGGCUACGCAAGCAUAGUCACCCACGGCGAUGUCGAAGCGGCACGCCGCGAACUCCGCCUUCAUCUCCGCGAACACGUAGUCUGGGAGCGCAACACAGUCUGGCGAGAAAUGAUCGGGAUCGAACGUAAAGCUCAAGCAGCGAAUCUUGGGAUUCGGAAUACUAUGCUUGGGCAGGAGACGGAUCCCAAGAAGGCGAGACUGCAGGGUGAUGAUGAAGGUGGGGCUACGAAGGAGGUCCAGACGCCUGUUGGGAGGUACACAUGUCCUACUUUCUUGCUCAGCAGUACUUUUUGGGUGCUUGUGGCUUGCUGUGCUAUUUUCGCUGUGCUGUUGGGUGUGAGAUUUAUGGAGAAGCCGGAGCAGCAGAAUUGUCUUGCUCUGAUCAUUUUCGUCAGUUUGUUGUGGGCUACAGAGGCCAUACCACUGUUCGUCACUUCGCUACUCGUGCCCUUUCUGGUCGUGGUGCUACAAGUUGUUCGACAAGACGAGAAGCCUCACGCACGCCUGUCAAGCAAAGCCGCUGCAUCCUACGUCUUCGCCUCGAUGUGGACGCCCGUCAUCAUGCUCCUGCUCGGCGGCUUCACGAUCGCUGCGGCUUUGAGCAAAUACAACAUUGCCAAGAUGAUGGCUACAUUCGUCCUCAGCAAAGCAGGCACAAAGCCCCGGACUGUCUUACUGGCGAGUAUGGGCAUUGCGACGUUCUCCAGUAUGUGGAUCAGUAAUGUCGCUGCUCCUGUGCUUUGCUACAGCAUCGUACAACCCAUCCUCCGAAACCUACCGUCUGACUCGGACAUGAGCAAAGCUUUACUUCUGGGUAUUGCUCUAGCCAGCAACAUGGGUGGCGCAGCUUCGCCCAUCGCCUCGCCGCAAAAUCUGAUCGCACUACAGAACAUGGAACCCCAACCCGGCUGGCUAAUCUGGUUCUUCAUCGCCCUCCCUGUCUGCAUUAUCUCCAUCCUCCUCAUCUGGCUCCUGCUUCUUGUCACUUUCCGACCAGGACGGAACACGACAAUCGUGCCCAUCAGACCAAUGAAAGACAAAUUCACCGGGAUCCAAUGGUUCAUCUCCAUCGUUACCCUAGCUACCAUCAUCCUCUGGUGCCUUUCUCACCAACUCGAGGGUGUGUUCGGCGAUAUGGGUGUGAUAGCCAUCAUUCCCAUCGCCCUCUUCUUCGGAACCGGAAUCUUGACGAAAGAAGAUUUCAAUAAUUUCUUAUGGACUAUUAUCAUCCUCGCCGCUGGCGGUCUGGCUCUGGGCAAGGCGGUGAAUUCUUCCGGCCUCCUAACCACAAUCGCCAUAAGCAUUACCCAAAAAGUGGACGGACUUAGUCUCUACGCCGUGACCUGCGUCUUCGCCGCCCUGAUCGCCGUUGUUGCAACAUUCAUCUCCCACACCGUCGCCGCACUCAUCAUCCUCCCGCUUGUCAAGGAGGUGGGACUGGGUAUGGCUGACCCGCACCCAAAUCUGCUCGUUAUGGCUUCGGUGCUUAUGGCUAGUGCGGCCAUGGGACUUCCUACCAGUGGGUUUCCGAACAUGACGGCUAUUAUGAUGGAGGACCCGCAGACGGGACAACGGUAUUUGCAGGUAAGGCACUUCUUGACUAGGGGCGUGCCUGCGAGUUUGAUGGCUUAUGUGGUUAUUAUUACGGUGGGUUAUGGGUGUAUGGUUGCCGUGGGCUUUUGA